UGUGGCAGUUUUGAGACAUGACAGACAUCAGAGAACAGUCUCUCUUUAUUACUGUUUUCCCCCUGGUACUUCCUCAAACCCGUGGGGGUGGGGAGGUACAGCAGAAAUCGUCUGGCACUGAAACAGUGAAAAAAGAUCUCUGAGGCCUUGCAAAGGAGUCUUGUUUCAUGUAGGGAGAAUUACUUUGGCUCUGUGUUCAUCCUAUUGAACCAGGAACUGCCCAAGAAGAAGAGGAAUAGAUCUUAGUCAUCUGGGUUUAAGGAGAACCAUGUCUCUUCCCCGACAGCUGCGAGAAAAGAGUGAUUUUGACCAGCUUCCAGAUGAUGUACCUGUUUCAGCUAAUAUUGCAGAUAUUGAAGAGAAGAAAGGUUUUACUAAUUACUAUAUGUUUGUCAUUGAAGUAAAGCUUAAAGGGGGUGGCAGAUACCUGAUUUUCCGGCGCUAUCGAGAGUUCUAUGCCCUUCACACCAAACUGGAGGAGAGAUAUGGGCCAGAGAGCAGUAACAGCCCAUUCACCUGCACACUCCCUGUGCUGCCAGGAAAAGUUUUUGUUGGUGCCAAAAGGGAAAUUGCUGAGAGCAGGAUUCCUAUCCUAAAUGUCUACAUAAAGAACCUGCUCUGCCUCCCUGCCUGGGUGUUGAUGGAUGAGGAUGUUCGGCUGUUCUUCUACCACUCAACCUUUGAUGGUGAGCAGGUGCCUCACAGGCUGAGACGGCUUCGCCCACGGACGCGCCGAGUUAAGAGCAUUUCAGAUCCAGCGCCUGUUUUGGACCGCACCGCAGCCCCGCGGGCUGAGGCACUGUUUGAUUUUCCUGGAACCAAUAAACUGGAACUCAGCUUCAAGAAGGGAGAUUUGAUCUAUCUCCUCAGCAAAGUAAACAAAGACUGGUUGGAGGGGACUGCUGAUGGUGCCACUGGGAUUUUCCCAUGUGCUUUUGUGAAGAUCAUAAAAGAUUUACCACAGCAGGAAGACACAAUUAAUAAAAUUCGCUGUUAUUACUAUGAUGAGACCAUGAGCACUAUUAGGGAUAUCUCAGUGGAAGAGGAUCUGAGCAGCAUUCCAUCAUUCAAAGACCUGAUGGAAUUGAUGAGGCAGGAGUUUAGCCGAGAUGACAUUGCUCUGAAUUACCGGGACCCUGAUGGGGAUCUGAUCCGCUUGCUCUCUGACCAGGAUGUUGAACUCAUGGUGUCUCAGAGCAGAAGAAGCCCCUCUCAGAAGCACUUUUUCCCUUGGAAGUUGCACAUCACUCACAAAGAUGACUUGGGUGUCUACAACACUAGUCCAGGAACACGUGCUACUCAAACAAUACUCCCAUAAAUUUAUCUUCAUUUGCUGAUCUGAAGGUUUGUGUGCCAGUGUGUAAUUAUUUCUCUCAUGUUGGAGUUUGGGUAUUCAAAGUUUGUCCUAGGAGCAUCAAGAAAAACUUUCCUGGAUUUCAGUGAAGAAACUGCAACCCAUCUUAACUUUCUUCUUUUCCACUGACCAGUGGAAAAUAUUGAAUUCUGUGAAUCAAACCUAAUACAUCUGUGGUGUUCCUUAUAGAUCUUUGUAAUUGUACAGUCUACUUAUUUUCAUGUUCUGGGAAAAUGUGUAGGAUAUCUACUCAAACAGCAAUUUCUUCUCUAUCUUCAGCUUUCUGAAACUGCAUUUCAAAGUAGAACUAACAAGAAAUCACUGUAUCAGAUUCAUCAACAAAUAAAGUUAAAUAUUAGUUCAUC